AUGGCAUUUGGGCAUAGUCCCAACAUAAAAUAUAAGGUCGAUAUACCAGUGUUGUGUAAGAGAGACUGGCCUCGACUAUUCACGUACGCUUUCAUAGCCCCAUUGUAUUCUCUGUUCGUAAACAUGGCGGACGUCUUUUGGAACAGCAAAUGUUUGUGUCUUUUGAUGGUGUUUACCAACAAAAUGUUUCAAGUAAAUGCAGCCUGCACGUUUCCUAGCGAUUUCCAGAACACAUGGAUGACCAAUUCAAGAGGAACCUGGACAGUCAAUAGUUCUCAUAUCAGUAACUUCCAGACCAAGAUGACAACAUCCGGUAACACGUUAUAUACAAUGGCUUGUAACGAGGCCUUCAGUGGUUACUAUGUACUGAAGUCAGAAGAACUGUUUAACACCACCGAGAACGUCUAUACAUGCCUGUACAUCGAGAAACAAUCUUCUGCCAAAUAUACAUACUCCCUUCUUACAACUCUAAGUACUGUUGCCACGGAUGUGACCGAGCGUGUCUCAACUUCCAGUACAGCGCUGACAGGCAGCGCCGUCUGUGAUGAUACAGAAUACACAACAUCCGGGGAGAGAACCUAUGUUGCGUUGUUGUCAGGUUCGGAAUCCCAGGGUAAGACAACAUGUCCUGACGUAAUACAAGGAAUCUUCACAUACAUCGGCACGACUUGUAACUCUACCAACCUCGAUAUCUGUACCGACACAAGCACCCUGACAUAUAACACAGACACGUGUUCCGAGUCCAUGAUGUUCUCGCAGAACGGAACUCUUUACUGCGUGAAUCACGUCUUGACAAGCGGGUAUUAUUACAUCACCUUGUAUAACAAUGAUCCUUCGACACCAGAUGGCACCACCUACUUCCAGUUUUCAUGUUUGGUGUUGUUCAGUAGCGGUACAUACGUCCUAGUGAGCGUCAGUCCUAUGGAAUGUCAAUCUGGGCAACUUCCUCUGAUAGUCCCCACCGGUGGUUACGUCACAUCUCUACAGAAUGACGAGGCCUCGAGCUGUUACACGGCGCCUGUGGAGGAAGAAAGCAUCAAAACGACGCUGAUUAUUGUGGCUGUAGUGCUUGGAGUCGUAUGUUGUAUCCUCAUCGUUGUCAUCAUUGUGUGUUUAUACAAGUACAAUCGUAUUAAGAAGAGGAGGCGCCACACAAGAAGACUCAUUCAUUGA